AUGAACAUGGUAGAGCAACAACAAUACAUUACUGCAGGUCUACCACACACAGGUGACCUCGCAGGAUCUCACGGCUUGUCUGACGACCGAUCCAUCGUGUCUGUGGGCACUCCAACCUAUUCAGAAGUGACGCCCUUUUCAGCGGUCUCUUCUUUCAACAUCCCUGCUUCGUGCGACUCGAGCCUUCUUACUCCCAUCUCUUCCACCAGCUCUCCCCCGCUCCAGCAGAUCCGUAAAUUAGGGGCGCAGUAUCCUCCUCCUCCGAGCACUCCCUAUACACAGGUGCCAACCCCUCCUGGAAGCUCCAAGAUGUAUCACCAGUCGUGGAGCAGCCAGUUCGACAUGCACAAUCAAAAUGCGCACAGCAGCCCCCCAAUGAACAGCCAUGUUCCAGUGGCACAAGACUUUUACAUGGAAGAACGUCGCACACCCAACCCUCCGUCGGAGCCAUACUAUGGGGCCUUCAGCGUAUCUGAUGGCCCAGACACGCAGCCAAUCCACAGCCAGGGCCCGGCGCCUUAUUAUGUCAACAAUAUGGGCAUGGACAGUCAAAACUCCAUGCUGAUGCGAGACAGCCGUCAGCUCCCAUUGGAUCCGCAACACCGUGACAUGGAGCGCGUUUCUCACCCGCCAUCCCUUCUCAGCCAGCCGCACAGUUCGCACUAUGACAUCCGGCGAGCCAGCACAGAUGAUCGCAGCUAUAGCAGUCGCACCGACCCCAUUCACCGCUCUUCCAGCGGUUCUCCUCGCCGUCGCCCUGUAACUCAGGGCAGCACGCGAGUGAAGAAGUCAAGGUCAUCAAAGAGGGGUGCCUCGCUUCGUGGUCAACAGCAAGCUGACCCUGGCGAUGAACACAAAAACUGCUUCGGUCAAGAAGUCCCUCCACCCAUCAAGAAGGGGUGUCCCGAAGAGGAGAGAUGCAUCUUUGAGUCUCGAUGGAGACACCGCUCGCAACGGGGGCAAGAUAUGUGGGAUAGCAUUCAAGCCGACUUUACCAAGAGGUUUGGCAAGAAGCACGGUAAAGAAAUGCUACAGAUGAAAUUCAAACGCGGCCGUUCCAAAUUCUAUGACUGGCUUGAUCAAGAUGAGAAAAUACUCGAAGCCGCUUACAAGAGACUAGAGAGAGACAGAUAUCAACUCAUUCUCAACUACUUCCUUGAGAUGGGCGGGUCCCGAAACAUGCUUCUAAGCGCCAGCGACAUUGAAAUCAAGAUUGUCAAUGACCUCAAGUGGGAAGAAGCGAUUUAUAUCGAGGGCUUGGACGAGUGUAUUCGCCGCCGCCGCAAGUCAGUUGUCAAGAAGCGAUCCAGUGGUCGGGGAGAACCAGGUGGAGACAUUGCUGUGAGCGACGACCUGUUGCGAGUUUCACAGGUCCCUCACAACGAAGACGAGGUGAUCAAUCAGGUAUUCGCCGCACGACGAGAGCGCUGGGACGACGACAUGUCUACUGUAAACGGUGAAAUGAUGAAUGCUCAUUUGUGGGAGAACCGGGCUCCGAUCAAGAUGGAGCACGAUACUCUACUUCCUCCGUCUGAACAUCUGGCACGCAUCAACGCCCACCCCGUCGCCAGCCCUUACAUUCCACCGGUAUCAGUGUAUCAUCAGUCAAAUUCAAAAGCACCUUGAUGCGGGGACUAUGGUCGGCGUCACGUCCAGGGGGGAUGGAGCAAAAUCAUUUGGCGAAGGAAGAUUUUGGGGUGGGCAAUACCCCAAGACGUCUCUCUCACACUCUUUUCUUUGUUUCACUGUUUAGAAAUCUUCACUCUUCUCGAUGAAGAACCAUCAUUCCUUUUUUCUUCAAAGAUAUCACGCAUUAUUCUUCAAGAUCUGUUUUAUUUAUUUGUCUUGACAUUUUUCUAUCUUAAUUUCUCAUCUAGUCUUUGUCACCUUUUUUCAUCUUUCUCUUGUUCAUGCUGGUAUAGCCAAGGGUUUGGGGGGAGGGGGGCUUGGGAUGAUUUAAAGACGGGUACAAAUCUCACGAUAUCUUUAGAUGCAUAAUGUUUUUGGCUUACUGAGUUUACAUCGCAUUGUCUAUAGGAAACUCUGUCGUUGGACGCAUG